AUGACUGGCCAGGUGGCAGAAAAAAGUGAGGACCUCUCGCCCCAUCGACUGUCAGUGAAGACAUCUGUGGAGGAAGAGCCUGAGAGAGCAGAGAGCACUCUGAGUCGAGUGCCGUCCGUCAAUGAUGACACAUCCUCUGAGCUACAGCGGGUGGCCACCAUUGAGCCCAAUGGGGUCAACUCCCGCAACUCUUUCCGUGGCAGAGGGGCCAUGUCACGGUUGGUGAAUUUGGUGGUGACUCUGCGAGAAUGGGCUCACAAGAGCCUGAGGGAGGAGGAGGAGCGGCCAGAUUCCUUCCUGGAGCGUUUCCGUGGGCCAGAGUUGCAGGCCGCCCCAAGUCGCAACAGUAACGAUGGCAAGGGGGACUCGAAAAAAAAAUCAAGCAUCUUUGUUGUGGCAGCCUCAGAUGAUUUCUACUAUCGCUGGCUGUUUGUAAUUUCUCUGGCCGUGCUUUACAACUGGUGUCUCUUGGUGGCAAGGGCUUGCUAUGAUGAGCUGCAGAUGACUAACUGGAUCAUCUGGCUGGUGUUCGACUACGUCACAGAUGUUGUCUACAUUAUGGACACCUUUGUUCGGCUGCGAACAGGCUUUCUGGAACAGGGUCUCCUGGUAAAGGACCCGAAAAAGCUGAGGGACAGCUACAUCCACACACUGCAGUUUAAGCUGGAUGUGGUGUCCAUCAUUCCCACUGACCUGGCCUAUUUCGCAACAGGCAUCCACACUCCCCAGUUACGCUUCAACAGGCUGCUGCGCUUCCCCCGAAUGUUUGAGUUUUUCGACCGCACCGAGACACGCACCAACUACCCCAACAUCUUCCGUAUUUGCAACCUGGUGCUCUACAUCCUGGUCAUUAUCCACUGGAAUGCCUGCAUCUACUUUGCAAUAUCCAAGUCACUGGGAUUUGGCUCUGACACGUGGGUGUACCCCAACACCUCAAACCCAGAGUAUGGCUCACUGACCCGUAGCUAUGUCUACUGUCUGUACUGGUCUACCCUCACACUCACCACCAUUGGGGAAAUGCCAGCGCCUGUCCGGGAUGAAGAGUAUCUGUUUGUGGUCUUUGACUUCUUGGUGGGUGUGCUGAUCUUCGCCACGAUUGUGGGUAACGUGGGUUCCAUGAUUUCGAACAUGAAUGCCACGCGAGCAGAGUUCCAGGCUCGCAUCGACGCCAUCAAGCACUACAUGCAGUUCCGGCGAGUCAGCAAAGAGCUGGAAGUACGCGUUAUCAAGUGGUUUGACUACCUGUGGACCAAUCAGAAGGCGGUGGAUGAGCAGGAGGUGCUGAAGAACCUGCCCAACAAGCUUCGGGCAGAGAUUGCUAUUAACGUGCACCUGGAAACCCUAAAGAAAGUACGAAUCUUCCAGGACUGUGAGGCCGGGUUGCUGGUGGAGCUGGUACUCAAGCUCCGUCCCCAGGUCUUCAGCCCCGGCGACUACAUCUGCCGCAAGGGCGACAUCGGCAAGGAGAUGUACAUCAUCAAGGAGGGCCGGCUGGGGGUGGUUGCAGAUGAUGGCGUCACACAAUUUGCUCUCUUGACAGCCGGGAGCUGCUUCGGCGAGAUCAGUGUCCUCAACAUCCAGGGCAGCAAAAUGGGUAACCGGCGAACGGCCAACAUACGGAGCUUAGGCUACUCUGACCUCUUCUGCCUGUCCAAGGAUGACCUGAUGGAGGCCGUGACGGAGUACCCCGAUGCCAAGCGCGUGCUGGAGGAGAGGGGGCGGGAAAUCCUGGAGAAGGCGGGGCAGCUGGACGAGAACGCGGCCAGCAGACCAGUGGUGGAGGAGGUGGAGGAUAAGGUGGUGCGGCUGGAGAACUCAUUGGACACGCUGCAGACGCGCUUCGCCCGGCUGCUCAACGAGUACGCGUCCACACAGCAGAGACUCAAGCAGCGCAUCACUGUGCUGGAGCAGCAGCAGCAGCACACUGGACCUGUGCUAGAGAGAGAGAGAGAGAGAGAGAGAGAGAGAGAGAGAGAGAGAGAGAGAGAGAGAGAGAGAGAGAGAGAGAGAGAGAGAGAGAGAGAGAGAGAGAGAGAGAGAGAGAGAGAGAGAGAG